AUGCGGCCGCAGCCGCUGUUUCCGGUGGGCGACCCGAUCCUGGAGGGCCCCGCCCCCGCCGACCUGGCGACGGCCAUGGCGACGCCCGGCCUGGACGCCUUCCUCGCCAAGUAUCCUGUCGACGAGAGGGCCUACGACUUCUUCGCGUGCUCCUCGCAGCAGGUGCAGGAGAAGGUCCUCCGGGAGUUCCGGCCCAAGGCCGAGGGGGAGGCCUCGUACGCCGGGCUCUUCACCUCCUUCGUGCGGAAGGUCCGCCAGCUGUACGACCAGGGCGGGCCGAUGCCCGGCGUGGGCGGCAAGGGCGGCAUGCUCGGCGGCAGGGCGCCUGCGCAGCAGGUGGUGACCCGCGCGGACGCUGGCUUCCGGCCGAUGGUGACGCCGAACAUGGCCUGGGCCUUCGAGGAGGUGGACCCGCUCGCUGCGCCGCCCGACCUGGAGAGCUUCCGCGCGAGGUACCCCAUGGACGACCGCGCCCUGGACUUCCUGCAGAACGUCGACGUGAGGGCGCGGGCCUCGGCACCACCUGCUCCAGACUCCCUCUGA